AUGGCGGACUGGGUCCCGGUGCAUCGGUUCACCUGGAGCGUUUCCCAUUUGGAAAUGCGGCCUGCCCUCCAGGAGAUCUCUGCUGUCAGCAUCUUUCUCAACAAGUCGCCGACAAUCGAACAGUCGAUCAAAACACGUGGUGAGGUGAUGGAGUCGAAUCGUGCGAGAAACGCCUUCAUGAGAGGUGCUUUCAGGGACCAAUCACCACAAAUACAGGUUGCCGUGGACAAGAAACGAAACUCACCUUAUGUGCCAACUGCUCGCGACUAUCCGUCCGUGGCAGCAACCCGAGCAAGUAAGGGCUUCACACGCAAGAUGGCUCGUGUUCAAGUGGGAUUCGAUAUGAUCUGGGAGCACUUUGGCAGAAAGGUACCUGACUGGAGCGAGACAUUCAACUUGCUCAAACGAAUGACGCCGAAACGAAGCGAGACUCCGAACAUGGUGGCUGUAAGAGUAGUGCUACCCUCAUCGUGGGAUAUGUCUGUGGGAAACAAGCGGAUCGAGUUCUUGGAUGCGACAACGGGCCUGGCCACCAAGCUGCGAAUGUCUGCAGAUCACCAGAAUCCGUCAGCUGUUGUCUUGAGAGGCGAAAGCGCCGUCUUGGCGAAAGCAGCAGACGAAUUGAUCAGGGCUUGUCCAGAUGUAGAAAUAUUUAAGCUGGGGGAUGUAGCUACGGUGGACUACAAAGCCAAACAGCUAUGGCCGGCGAUUGAGGGCGCCCAAGAUGUAGGGUCGUCAGUCCCACCGAGCAACAGGGACAAUAUAUGGGUGCAUAGGGAACUGCAGACAUAUUGGAUUGACCUCCCGUACGAGCAGACGCCGAAGCCAAGGCGGUGGACCAAGGAAUCAUUCGAGACGUACAUUACGGCUCUUGUGUGUGGGCGACUACGGCCGCAUUUGGCCAUGAAGUACUACAGACAACCCCGAGAAAAUGGCAAACUCAUUGACACAGAAGGCAUUCGGAUUGGACUUAUUUUAAAGGCGUUCGAGGACCCGGCAGCAAGAGAGUGCAUCACCACGUCCGUUUUGAAAAUGGCGAUAGGAUUCAUGGCCCACAAAGGGGGCCACCGUGCAUCCGCAGAUCGACUCUUCACGCUCGCUGAGGGAUGGGGCCUGCCCAUGGACACCGAGCUCUUCAAUGUCAUUCUUGGCGGAUACGUCGCCAAGCAAGACGUCGCCUUCUUUCACAAGCUCCUGCAAAAGAUGGAAGAGCGAUACUUCUACCCCAAUGCCAGAACCUGGCUCCAUUUUCUCAAGCUCAUCCAGCGAGACGAUGAGAGACGACAGGUUAUAGCCGCCAUGUACGAGAAUGGUCUGUUCGAAGACCCCUCCACGCGAAGAGGAAUCGCUGAAACUAUGGCUAGCAACGACUCGUUCGCGGCCUUCAAGGCCGGUAAAAGCCUAGACGUCUUCCUUGCCGACCAGGCCAUGCGCUACGGAGAAGAUUGGUACACACUCGAAGCAGUAAACCGCAUCCUUGAAGAAUUCUUCUGGUUUCACGACCGUUCGCAUCCCGAUUUCUCAGCCUUCAAAUCCCUCCUGGACCGCUACACCUCCAAUGGCCACCAGAUAGGUAUCAGAAGCACGUCCAACGUCAUCAUCAAAUCCUGUAUCAGCAGAGGGGACUGGUCUACUGCCCAAUGGGCCCUUUCCCGCAUGCUGCAGCACGGACGGGAGCCCAACUCCCAGACGUACACUUCUCUCGUGUCGCUAGCGUUGUCCUCCAGGGCAUACUCUUCUCUCGGGGUGCUCUUCUUCUACGGCGUUCUCUACCGGAAGCUACGAAAGGGUCCACGGAGGGUCAUGCAGGGCGUCAUGCUCAAGCGACUUCUGGACGGCUUUCCCGUCAAGAUAUUUUCCAACAAGAUGGGCCGACUGUUGACAGAGAAGAAGGUAGCAAACGACCACGCAAUAGUUGCGGGCGCCGAAUGGGCCAUCCUACACUCGUGUAGGAGCUACAAACCCGUCAAGUCCCUCGCCGCAGCGCUGGACACGACGUGGCGAACCAUGGACCAACCCCUUUUGCGAACGGCCCUCGCUGCCGAUCCGGAAGCAAGUGCAGAACAAGUCCUCUCGCAUGAUUACGCGGUCAAAAUGCGAGAUGAGUCUGGCCAACAGCCCCCCAUCAUAGUCCAUCUAGACACGGCGUUUGAUCCGGAGACAAUGCUUCGAGACUCAAACCCUGAAAAUAAGCCGCGGCCGCAGCAUGUUCCUACACACGCAAGGUCUGAUAUCAAGGAUGAAUUGAACGGAGAAUAG